GACCUAAAUUUUAAAACUGACGACACACAGACAGACAAGGGGUUUAGCUGGCACUGACGUAAAGGCGGACACAAAAGGUUUCAACAUGGCUGUAAACGUGUACAACACAAGUGCAACGGCUGACAAUUUGAGUCGGCAUGACAUCAUUGGUUGGGUGAAUGAUACUUUGCAAGCUAACUACACAAAAAUUGAGGAACUUUGUUCAGGUAGUUCAUUUUGCCAGUUUAUGGACAUGAUGUUUCCAGGCACUAUUCUCUUGAAGAAAGUCAAAUACAACACCAAAUUAGAACAUGAAGCCAUUCAGAAUUUCAAGCUGCUGCAGGGGAGUUUUAAGAAGAAUGGUGUGGACAAGAUUGUUCCUGUUGAUCGCCUAGUGAAAGGAAAAUUCCAGGAUAAUUUUGAAUUUGUUCAAUGGUUCAAAAAGUUUUUUGAUGCGAAUUUUGACAUGCGUGACUACGAUCCUGUCGGAGCUCGGGGUGGUGAAGCUCUUGGAGGUGGAGCGAAGAGCAGUGCCUUAAACAAACCUCGGGUAACGAAACAGUCCCCGACAGUCAAGACUGCCAAGCCAAUGACGGAAACAACAAAGAGGGUGGCUCCACCACCAGCCAAGACAACUGCGAACAAUCAUGCUAACAGCAGAGACAACAAAGAUAACAAGAUUGCUGAUUUGGAAGCAAAUAUUUCUGAACUCCGACUCACUGUGGAAGGGCUAGAGAAGGAGAGGGACUUCUAUUUCGCCAAGCUGCGUGACAUUGAGAUCAUCUGCCAAGACCAUAUUGAUGAUGAUCCAGUUAUCAAAUCAAUUUCUGAGAUCUUGUAUGCGACAGAGUAACACCAUGGAUCUGUCGGAAGUGAGAAGUUGUAGGUGUAGGAAGCAGAUGGCUUUGCACCCCCAGAGGAGGGUCAGGACGAUGGCUUGGUUGACCCUGAAGAUGAAGAAUACUGAAGCAAUAUGAUGAUACAUACACACACCCACACGUCUGUGACACACAAACUAUUUCCUCCCAGUCGCAAAUCUAUUGAACUAUUACACUGACAGACUGACGAACAAACAAACUUGCUACUGGCAGAUUACUGGGCUGCCGUGCCAGGGCAACACAUGACCUGCUUUAUGUAGUGCUCAUUGCUGAUGCUGCUAUGUCAUCUAGACAGCCUGUGUUGGCCUGGACGCUCGAUGGCCUGAUGCCAAUCUUUGCCUUCAUCCUGCAAACUGUAUCUAUGGACAGAUAAAUACUGUUUUUGUGUUGGACACUAACCUGUACGCACGUUUUACAAAUGCGUUACUGGAUUCUUUCUGCUGACAGAAGAUAUGGAAGAGAAGAACUGUGAUCUCAGUGCUUGUUACGAGUAGGUUUGGUAGCAUGCCUACAGGCCAUGUGGAGUGCUCCUGUGUGGGACACUGAUUGUCAUAGUCUGCAUGUGAAUAGGUUCACCUAGUUUGCAUGAUCUGGUGAAGAGCUCUCUGCCGUUAAGACUAGACUGGUUAGAUUGUCCUGCUGUAACACAAUUCUUUCUUUGUGAUCCCAGUGCUUACUUUGUUCCAUAUGUUAUUGUUACAUCUUGCACUUGUUAAUGAAAAUCGACCAAAUUUUCCUUGAUGUUCUUAUUGCUGAAAAUGAUACCCAACUAUCAUUGGUAUUGCUUUCAUCAGUUGGUCAAAAAGAUUUAGGGUGUAUUUCUGUAUUCCCUUUAAGGUGCAACUUAAUUCAUGAGUUAGAUAACCCCUUCAACUAGUACUAUUCUGAGCCAACCUUUUCUGAAUACAAGCAUGUUUUAAUGUAUUCUUGUUAUGUAUUGGGCUUGUCUAGUGGUUCACCACAACUUCAUCUAUCUCUGAGGGCAAGGGGUCCCUUGCAUGCACUGUUCCUAACCAGGAACUUCAAUCACAGUAAGCACCUCUGUAGAGAUGAAAAGGCUAGUCAGUACUAGAUACUUGUAGCAGCUCUCUGAGACAGAUGGUCACCAGUGUUUCUUCAAAUGGGUGCUUGUGCUGUAUUUCGUGUCACAAGGUACCAGCCCUAGCUGGUGUGUUUUGUACCUCAUCUUCAGUAUGAAAGACUAUGCAGUGUGCACCCACCAGGCAGAGUUUUCGACACUAUCCAGUCCUCGUGAAAUCGGUUCCACUCAACAGUAGUUGGCUGCUUAUAUUGCUGACAAACUAAUGUUGCAUUCUACCAAAGUUGUAUAAAAUUUUUGUAUACCAACUCUUGCUCAUAGCGUGUUCUAACCUCUUUCAGGUACAAUAGUUCACCGAUUAGAUUGUUUUACUGUGUGGAUGAUACUUUGCUGUACUUUUUCUUCUCAAAACAUGAGCCCUGCUCAAAAAUACCCAACUACAACAAAAUGAAAAAAGUGUGGAUGUUUUCUCAGGUUACAUAAUAUUUGGAUAUUUGUCUCAUUAAAACUGGAUAAAACAAACUGAAAUUUCAUUGAUUCUGUAAACUCUCUGAAGUGAUACGUUAUGAUUUUCUGUUGUGAGUGACAAAGGCAAACAUUAUCAGGACCAGCUGGAUGACAAUCUUUCUAUCAACCAGUCUGCCAGAGGGAACCUCUGUGCGCACCAAUACAAUAAGGGAUGUCAUAUUAAUCAUGUUUGAUGAGGUAUAUGAUGGUUUUUAUUGGCCAAAGAAGUGUAACUUGUAACCUGUCAAUAAAGAAUGUAACUAAUCUCAUUAUAGAUGUUUGAUGGAAGUUGAGUGCUGGUGUGUUCAUUUGGUUGCAGUCUUGCCAUUGUCCAGAUCCUCUGUAACACACGUUUGUGCACACACACACACCACACUUGUGUGACAUCAGGUAAUGAUUAUAUCACUAUCGGUUACCCAUAUUUGUGUGUAUUUCACUUGUCCUAUGGAAUGUAUCUGUGCUUUAUAUACAGUGUGUAAAAAUUUAGACAGGGAAUGGCAUAACCUGCAUGAUACUGGAAGUAAAUGCUGCAUUUAAAGAUAUGUUUGUACCUGGCAGUUGGAUGGUAUGGAGGGGGUGGGGAAUCUCCCAACUUUUGUAACCUACUUCUAUGAAAUUUCUCUUGUAAACUGUUAUUUUAGUUGCUACAGCAGCCCAUCCUGUUGAAUUUUACUCCAUCAAUGCUGGGAGAAUGAGCUGUAUAUUUUAAUGUAUGUGAUUUGUGUGGGUAUCUUUACCAUUGACAUUUAAGUGGUCUCAAUCUGCAUGAGACAAUCUGCUACACUUGUGACUAAUUGAGCCAAUCUAACUCUUUUCUUUCUUCCUUGCUCUCCUCCUGUGUUGCUGCCUGUAUGUAGUUCUCCAUAUUGCAGAUAAUUAUGCCUGGUUACUGAACUUUGUAUAUUUAUUUUCCUAUUCACUGUUAUAUAUUCUGAACAUUUCAGUGCUUGUAGUAAAAAUUGAAACUGAAACAUUCAUUAAAUUUGAUUCAAUGAAA